AUGCCACCCACCAAACGCGCCCCUGAUGACUGGGAAGAUGUAGCAGGCAUGUCUACUCCAAAGCUGCAAUGUUCAGGGUCUGGAAACCAGUCUAGUGUAGGGCAAGUGCGAGAUUCACAUACAAAUGAAGCUAACGGACGAAAGAAAUAUUCGCGUGAUAUUCUGCUAAAUUUUGCACAUCAGUGUUCUGGUCUUCCUCAUGGUAUCCGGAUGGAUACUGUAACUAGUGCUGUGUUCAAGGGUGUGGCGGUAAAGUAUUAUAUUGAUCGCGAACCUAACCCAAGUCCUAGAAGAGGACCUGAUAGGCCAAGAUCUCGCGGUGGUCGCCAGUGUGCUGCUAUGGAUGAUGGUAAGUGGAGUACAAAACCAGGUGUUCCUUUCAGCCCUUGUUGUGAUACCCACAUAGACUUGACAAACAGCCCAUCAAGGAAUUACCGUGGCGCCUCAGGGGUCCCUCAUUGUGUUUUGAGGAAUCCACGUGGUGGGCUUCUUGUGGGACCAAUGCAAUCCAUGGCGGUUCAAGCACCUUGCAGUAGCUCUGAUGCAGAUAGAUGGGAGCAAAAGGGUCUGAUACCGUCUCCUGUUAUGCCCAUGCAAAUAAUGCACAAAGCACACGAAAAGUAUGUUGUUGGCAAAGUUUCUGACGAGGAGCAGGCAAAGCAGAGGCAGCUGAAAGCAAUUCUUAAUAAACUGACCCCGCAAAACUUUGAUAAGCUGUUUGAACAAGUCAAAGAGGUGAAAAUUGACAGUGUGUCAACUCUUAGUGGGGUCAUUUCACAGAUAUUUGACAAAGCUUUGAUGGAACCAACUUACUGUGAAAUGUAUGCAAACUUCUGUUUCCUUUUGGCUGGUGCACUCCCAGACUUUAGUACGGACAAUGAAAAGGUUACAUUCAAGAGGUUGAUGUUGGACAAAUGUCAAGAUGAGUUUGAGAAGGGCGACCGAGAAGAAGCUGAUGCAGACAAACCAGAGGAGGAAGGUGAGGUUAAGCAAACAAAAGAAGAAAGGGAAGGAAAAAGAGUUAAAGCUCGUAGGCGUAUGCUGGGGAACAUUAGGUUGAUUGGAGAAUUGUACAAAAAGAGGAUGCUUACGGAGCAGAUCAUGCAUGACUGCAUUAAGAAAUUACUGGGUAGUUGCCAGAAUCCAAAUGAGGAGCAUAUUGAAGCACUAUGCAAGUUGAUGAGUACAAUUGGAGAGAUGAUAGAUCAUCCAAAGGCUAAGGAACAUAUGGAUGCAUAUUUUGAUAGGAUGCACAACUUGUCAACUAGUCACCUGAUAUCUUCCCGUGUUAGAUUCCUAUUGAGAGAUUCAAUCGAUCUCAGGAAGAACCAAUGGCACCAACGGCGUAAAGUGGAAGGCCCCAAGAAGAUUGAUGAGGUUCACAGGGAUGCAGCUCAUGAAAGACAUGGUCAGUUGAGUAGUUUAGCUCGUGGUCCAGUUGUUAGUUCUUUUCCAAGAGGAAGGGUAACCUCUAUGGGUUAUGGCUCUGGUGGCUCAGCAGCACCAUUGGUAUCUCCAUGUCCGCAGCAACGAUGCCAUGGAUUCGUUAAUCAGGAUACCCAGUUUGAGCAGGGAAGACAUAAGUUAGACAAUAGAACAGUUCCCCUUCCCCAGGGGUCUGUCAAGAACGAAGCUGUCACUCGUGGACCACGAGGUAACGUAGCUAGGGGUAUGUCUUUAAGAGGGCAGCCACCGGUAUCAAAUGCUAAAUUUCCUAGUGUUGCUGACCAUCGCACAAUUGUAUAUGGUACAGGGUAUAAUUACAUGGCUUCGAACGCAAGAGAGGACGCUAGGUCGAGAAUUCCAGAUGGAAGUUCUUGGAGGAAAGCACAUGCUACAAAAUCUGCUGGAUUUUUACACAAACCUGCCAGUCAGGAUGGCUGCUUCGGUGAUAAAUCAUACUCUGGCGAGGAUCUGAGAGGGAAAUCUACUGCAGCCAUCUGGGAAAAUUAUAGGCAGCUGGAUCCAUUCAGCCGGAUCUGGUGCAGUCUAGUGCUGGUGUUCAUCACUGCAGGACUCUGGUGGCGGGGGCUGUUGCAAGUGACGAAGCUGAGCCUGGAGAUCUCCAACAAUAAGGCCGCGAGCUCGUCUGUCUUCGCGUGUGGGCACAUCGCGGAGCAGUUGUGGCGGAUCUUCUUCGACAAGCUUCCAAGGAGGAAGAUGAUGGAGAAGAGCUCUGUUGCAGGCUCAUCCAAGAAGCGCUAUCAGCUCCUUAUCAUCAAUCCCCAACUCCCUUUUCUCCUCUCGGCCGGCGGUGGUGGUGAGGGGGAGGAGUUGUGGAGCCUGGUGAUCUUCGCUGGAGGAUGCUGUCAGGGAAGCCUGGUUCGGCCAGGUGCUGAUUAUGCGUUUGUUGUGGCGAUUCCCAAGCUGUGCCUUGUUCUGCCCACAACUAUUCAUGGUCAUAGGGUUGGCCUCGCCAUGCUUGAGCUUGCAUCAAGCUUUUUCUUCCUCUGUUCGGAGAGGAUCUACUACUGCCUCGGCGCAGUGACAAGCAUCUUUAUCAACCCAAGUGGCUUAGUCCCCGGCAUUGGUAGAGACGGCGGCGACUGGAGGCAGAUCUUCAGCGGUGUGCAUGUACUCGAUCGCGUUUUCGCGGUUGUCUAUAGGAUGCUCUGUGCAAAAGGUUUGGACCUGGAUGUAAUUUUCUCUUUCUUUGAUGUCCUCCUUGUAAAAGUGUACCCACCGCUUGGAUAA